UAUGAAAUUUUGUUUACCUUUUAUGCAGUUUUAGUUUAUGCAAUGGGUUCAAGUUGGUGUCUAGUAAUAUUGAUAAUAUCUAUAUCAAGAAUAAAUCUCCCGUCUGCGCAAUUUGUGAACGCCACUAAACUAGUUCGAGAACCAACUGAAGAUCUGCUGAGAUGGCUGUCGCGAAUCAGAUUAACAAAUGAUACAACUUGUAAAUUGAGAGGAAUAUCAGAUCUUGGCAUGAAUGUAGAUGAUUAUGUUGUCCCUUCAACAAAUUUACCUUGGAUAGUGACGAUUGAACAACAUGGCAGACGAAAAUGCGGUGGGAUCGCUAUUGAUUCUAACAAAAUUCUAACAACAGCUCACUGUUUUAUUCGCAAUCCAAGACAAUCCAACCAUAAACCCACACCCAGGCCGUGCAAAAUGCUGGAAAAUUACGACGUCAGAAGUUCAAAUGGAAAGAAGUAUAAUAUAAAAAAUGUGAAAUGGCAUAAAAAUUAUCACCGCGAAAGAGGAAAUGCAGACUUUUACAGACAUAUUAAAUUUCGUUUUAAUACACUUAUAAGAUUCGACAUUGCAGUUGUGGAACUCGAAUCACCAUUAUCAUGCGGUUUUACUCGUUGUUUGAAAACCAGUUAUCCUGUUCCUACUAAGAGUCAUGUGUGCUGGGCAAUAGACGAAACAAAAUCAGGAUUGCCGACUUCAGAUCAAACACAACUACAUCUCACAAAGAUUGUUGUUACUCCCUGCAGGGAAGGCCAUCGACCGCAUCACAGAAAAUUUCAUUUGUGUACAAAUAAAACAAUGGCGGAGGGACAGAGCGGACAGCCAAUACUCUGCACCGAUAUGAAAACUGGUCAUUAUUCAAUUUCCGCAUUGAUAUCUCAAAGAAACCCCAGAGGCACUGCAACCGUGUUAACCAAUCUAUAUCACGAUGUUUUUCCAGAUAGGUGGGCAUCCUGUAACUCAACUAUUGGAAAAUUCCCAAUAUCACCAUCUUAA